AUGGCGCCAUCUCAGUUAAAUACGUCAUCGCCCCGGCCCCUUGGCUUGAUCAAUGAUGCCAUAUCCUCUGCUGCCUCGCCUCUGCAGGCCAACUUUCAACUGAGCUGCCGUUCACCGGUCCGGCCCACACACGAUGUCGGUACUAGCGCCGGUACUAGCGCAUCGGGAGGAGCGGGAGCAGCCGGCUCCCGUCCGCACCGAGGAAGCGCUCGGCAUGCACUUUCCUUAUCGCCUAACAACGCAGCCGCAUCGGCCUUUCUAGUACCACCGCUACGGCACUUUGGACCGCUACCAUCGCCGUCAAGACGGACGUGGCCCACAUUGCCAGAGGAUGGAAGCAGUCAGGACACUGUUGUCGAUGAUGACGACGAGGCCGAUGACUUCGACACUGUGAACGACCGCUCGUGGUUUCUGCCAAGAUCACCACCCACGCCCGGAGUCGCGCCUUUCAACCGUUUCUCUCACGCCCACGCCCGCGAUGAUGACGACACAAAACUGGGCGUCGUAUCGGCCGUCAACAUCAUCGUCGGCAAGACCAUUGGCGUCGGCGCCUAUUCCGUGCCGUCGGCCAUUUUCGAAGGCGUGGGCUCGGUCGGCAUGGCCUUGCUCGUCUGGGCUGUCGGCAGCCUGAUUUCGUUUUGCGGCCUCGCCGUCUAUCUGGACCUGGGCACGGCCCUUCCCCGCAGCGGCGGCGAGCGCGUGUACCUGGAGCGCAUCUUCCGCCGGCCACGCAUGCUGGCCACGUGCAUGUUCAUGGCCUAUGUCGUGCUGCUCGGCUUCUCCACGCCGAACGCCAUUGUGCUCGGCGAGUACGCCCUCUACGCCCUGGGCGUGCCCAUGAACCGCUGGAAUGUGCGCGCCAUUGCCGUCGUGUCGGUGACGGUGCUGUGCUCUGUGCACGCGUGGCAGCCGCGUCUGGGUCUGAAGCUGAUCAACGUCCUGGGCGCCGUCAAGAUGCUGAUGCUCGUGGUCGUUGUCGUAUCGGGGGUCGCAGGGGGGAUAAUGGGUGUGGGCUCGGAUCCGGCUCGUACACCAACGACAACGAAUUCUACCGCUGCCGCCAUAGGCAUGGUGACGGGCCGGCAACUUGACGCCGGCAUCAGCACGGCCCGUCGUAACUUCCAGGACAUCUGGGCCGGCUCGUCGUCGCAGCCCUACGACUAUGCAACCGCCCUCCUCAAGGUCAUCUACUGUUUCCGCGGCUACAGCACAGCCAACCAGGUGCUGUCCGACGUCCGCGACCCUGUACGCACUCUGCGCGUGGCUGCACCGCUGGCUCUCGUGCUAGUGUCACUGUCGUAUCUGGCCGUCAACGUCGCCUUUUUUCUCGUCGUCGACAAGGACGCCUUCCGGUCGGCCGGAGUCGUGGUGGCCGGCGUCUUUUUCCGCAACGUCUUUGGUGACGGCGUUGGCGCACGAGUGCUGCCCAUUUUUGUCAUCAUUUCGGCCGCAGGCAACAUUGCCGCGACGUCGUUUGCGCAGGCCCGAGUCAACGAGGAGCUGGCCAAGGAUGGCCUGUUGCCGUUUGCUUCGUUUUGGCGGUCGGGCGACAAGAAGGACAAGAAGGUGGUGAUGGACACAAUGGGGACGAUGGAGACACCCACCAAUCCAACGCCCUCCCGUGGCUUGUUGCUGCACUGGCUUGUGUCCGUGCUGGUCAUCGUCGUACCGCCUCCCGGCAAGAUAUACAACUUUUUGGUCGACAUUGGCGGCUACCCCGUGUCCGUUAUCAGCGUGGCCAUCGCGGCCGGGUUGCUGUACCUGCACAGCACGCCAUCAGAGCGCUGGGCGUCGCCGUGGCCGGCGCCGCGCCUGGCCAUUAUCGUCUUUGCCACCAGCAAUUGCUUGCUGCUCGUCUUGCCGUGGAUCCCACCUGUCGGUGGACGCGGCGAGAGUGAACGCUUUGCGUCGUAUGCGUAUCCGACGACGGCCCUUGCUGUUAUUGCCAGUGGUGCGUUGUUCUGGCUGUGGUGGCGGUACCGAGGGCUGGGCCGCAUCUCUGCUGAAGCAUCGUCGGUCGGUACAAGGAGAAGGCAUGACAGCAGAACAUCAAGGAACUCACCGCCUGGCUGGGACCGCAUGAAGUUUGGCAUGUCGAAGGUCGGUGUUCAGAACAGCAGCAGUGAAGGCAGCAGCAGCAGUAGCAGCAGCCCGAAGGCGGAAGAGGACGGUGACGAUGACGGAGACCAUUCGGUUCAUGAUCCUCUGCUUGAGGACAACGACACUGGUUCAUCCCCGCCAGUCAACACCUCCACCACGGUCCGAAGGAGGGCGCCUUGUGGGUGUCCGUCGCCUGACUAA